AUGGCCCCUCCCCAGCCCUGGCGGCUGCCUCUCCUCCUGCUCCUGCCCGUGGUCAUCUCUCAGGCGGCCACAGAAGCCCACGACGCACUCUCCUGCUUCUACAACUCCAGAGCCAACGUUUCCUGCGUCUGGAGCCCAGCUGGAGACCUGCCGGACACGUCCUGCCGCUUGGUUGCCAAGCCCAAAGAACGGAAGUGGCAGAAAACGUGUGAGCUGCUCCCUGUGGCGCCAGCAUCCUGGGCCUGUGACCUGAUCCUGGACCAGAACCCAGAUGCCCAGAAGCUGACCGCCGCGGACAACGUCAGCAUGCGGGUGGAGUGCCAGGCGGCCGCUGGCUGGAAGACGGUCACCAACCAGAGUUUCCGGCCCUUUGAUCGCCUCCGCCUGUUCGCUCCCGACUGCCUCCAAGUCGCCCUGCGAGACACCCACCUGUGCAGCAACAUCACCUGGACCGUCCCCCGCACGUCCCACUACAUCGAGAGCCGCCUGGAGUUCCAGGUGCAGAACCGGACCCCGAGCCAGAAUUGGGGGGACGGGCCCCUGCUGUUCCUGACGCAGAACCAGCAGUGGAUCUGCUUGGAGAACCUGGCUCCGGACACCCCAUACGAGGUGCGGGUGCGGGCGCGCGCGCGGCCCCGGCUCGGGGAGCGGCCCGCGUGGAGCCCCUGGAGCGCUCCCUUGGCCUUCAGGACGCGGGCAGCCUCCGCCCAGAAGACCCAGCCCUUCGCCUGGUGGUACCUCCUGGUCUGGGCUGUCAGCGGGACGGUGGUCUUCAUCCUGUUGACUUACUUCCUCAGCAGCAGCUGGCACGUGGGCGGAUGGCUCAAGAAAUUCCUGAAGUGCCACAUUCCAGACCCCUCGGAGUUCUUUGUCCAGCUCAGCUCGGAGCACGGAGGGGAUUUCCAGAAGUGGCUCUCCUCGCCCUUCCCCUCGUCGGCCUUCAGCCCCGGCGGCCCGGCGCCGGAGAUCUCCCCGCUGGAGGUGCUGGACGGGGAGGCCAAGGCCGCCCAGUGGCUGCGGCUGCAGCAGGGCCGGGGGCCGCCCUCGCCCUCCCCCAGCGGGUUCACCAACCAGGGCUACUUCUUCUUCCACCUCCCGGACGCGCUGGAGAUCGAGGCCUGCCAGGUCUACUUCACCUACGACCCCUGCGAGGAGGAGCCCGAGGACGGGGUGCCGGGGGCCCCCCUCCUCCCGGCCCUGCCCCUGCAGCCGGGGGAGGACGACGCCUACUGCAGCUUCCCCCCCGGGGACGACCUGCUGGUCUUCCCCCCGGGGCUCCCGGGGGGCCCGGCCCCCCUCAGCACGGCCCCGAGGGCCACGGGGGCCAGGGAGGACUGGCCGGGCUCUGCCCUGCAGAGCGGGGCCCCCGGAGGUGACGCCCCCCAACCCCGCAGGCACCCUGGCCCGGGAGCACCCAACAGGGCGCAGCUGUGCCCGAGCCCGGAUCUGGGGGAAGACGAGGAGGGGGCCCCUGGGCUGCCCUGGGCCGGUCCGCCUGGACCAGACCCGGUCAAGGCCCCACCUGCCUGCCUGGCCUCGAACCCCGAUGCCUAUCUGUCCCUCCAAGAGCUGCAGGACCAGGAUCCAGCUCACCUGGUGUAG